AGAUUUUAAAGUAUUAGUAGUUGUAGUCAGUUAUUGCCAGUGCCUUAUACGUUACAUAAUGGAGGAGUUACACUCGUGUAGCUGUUGCCUGGUGCGGCCGCCCGAGAAGGGUCUUAAGGUUAUGUAUAAACAUGUCGACAAAACAGAGAUAUAUUACGACAUGCUGAGAGACUGCUUUAAUAUAAAUCUCGGCAUGGGAAAUGACGAGUGUGGUAUCUGCGAAGUGUGCGUGGGGCGGCUGCGGGACGCGAGCGACUUCAAGCUGCAAGUGCAGCGUUGCCAGACCGAGCUGCAGGCGCGGCUCAAGGGAGUGAUCACUGCUAGCGAUAUCAAGGUGGAGAAGUCCGAGGUGGAGAUGGCUGAUGGCGAGGUCGUUUCAGUUUCAGUGGCCCUACAAGAGGGACUGCCAGCACAUUCAGCGGAACCAGUUGUUACUACGUCCAACCCCAGUCCUGCGCCCGAUCCGGUCCUCACCAACCUCGACAGUUCCGAGAUGGCUCCGGCUUCCAGCCACCUUAUAGUACACUCGUGCGACAUAUGCCAAAAAACGUUCCACGAACCAAAUGCCAAAUCCAAACUUGUCAUCCAUCGCCGCUCACACACGGGGGAGAAGCCUUACGCAUGCAACGUAUGCGAUAAAAGAUUCAUACAAAAAAGUCGCUUAAAUACUCAUUACGCACUCCACCUGGGGAAAUUCAAAUUCUCCUGCGAAGUAUGUAAUGAGCGAUUUCUACAUAAAAACCAAUGGAUCGUACAUAUGCGGAUCCAUACUGGUGAAAGACCGUACGCGUGUGAUAUGUGCAAUAAAAAAUAUAGAGCUAGAAGCCACUUAGCUUUUCAUAGAAAAAAAAAACAUUUCGAUUCUGAUCCUGUGGACAAAAAGUACGGUUGCGAUAUUUGCGGGAAACGGUUUGCACUGCAAGGGAAUUUAUUUAAUCACAUCAAACUACACGAUAAAAAGGAUAAGGAAGAAAAAGUAGGAAAGCAAGUUGUCCCAAAACCAUACGAGUGUGAAAUAUGUCACAAACGAUUUGCAUCAGUAGGUAUCUUAAAAAAUCAUAAAGAAAUACAUACUGAAGAAACACCGUUCGAAUGCGAAACAUGUCAUAAGAAAUUCCGGGUGAAGAAGUAUUUAGAAAUGCACGUAAAGGUGCACGGAAACACGAAGCAACACGCCUGUGAAGUUUGUGGUCAACAAUUUACGCACCGGUCGAGUUUUAAACGUCAUAUUAAAAUACACACCGACCCGUCAACAUGCUGUUCAGUUUAUAAGCUGCGCGACACAGAUAACUAUUUUAUCAAGUAG